AUGUCCUGCAGUGUCCUGGACGUCCACCAGAGGGCGCUGACAUGUCCUGGACGUCCACCAGAGGGCGCUGACAGUGUCCUGCUGCAGAGCUCUUUAAACCGUGUGAACACUGUCUGGACAUGUUUCUGUAUGAAGUACAGAAGACUGUCCUCUGAGAGACCAUGGAUCACUGAAGGAUGUGUUGAGACUGGACCGUACCCCCAGUGGAAGUAUGGAGACCAGACCAUCAACUGUUUCCAGGACUGGACUGUGGAGAAACUCAAGGCUCACCUCUCUGAUGUGUACCCCAGCAAACCGAGCUCCAAAGACCAGAGGUUGGUCUAUUCUGGGAAACUGCUUCUGGAUCAUUUCACAUUAAAGGACGUGCUGCGGAAGCACGAUGAGUACCACAUGCUGCACCUGGUGUGUGCCUCGCGGACCCCCCCUGCCUCCCCCAGGCCCAGCAGCUCCAGCGGCUCCAGCAGGACUCGCUCCCCGCAGAGCUCCGGUCCCGCGAGUUCAAACAGCCCCAGUCCUCCUCAGAACAACCCGCCCCCCCCUGGAGAGACCAGCGACGGACUGCGGCAGAGACCCGCCUACCCUUAUCCACACAUGCUCCCUGGAUAUAUGCACAGCUGGUCCCAGAUGCUUCCUGGUCCCACACAGUCUCCGGUGUAUUACCAGCACAUGAGCCUGAUGUGGUGGCAGCAGCUCUAUGCCCAGCAGUACUACAUGCAUUAUCACUUGAUGGCAGCGGCUCAGCACCAGUCGCCUCAGUCCAACGAGAGCAGCUCCCAGAACCACAGAGCUCAGGCCGAUCGGCGAAAUCCGGAGGUUCGCAUGAACGCUCAGGGCGGGGACGUGAUGAACGAGGAGGACAUGAACCGGGACUGGCUGGACUGGGUCUACACCUUCUCCAGAGCCGCCAUCCUGCUCAGCAUAGUCUACUUCUACUCCUCCUUCAGUCGCUUCUUCAUGGUGCUGGUGGCCAUGUUGGUGCUGUAUCUGCACCAGGCGGGUUGGUUUCCUUUCAACUUAGACAAUGAUCUUCCCGGUGAAAGGCUGAACCAGGACGAAGGAGACGGAGAGCCACAGAAUCAAGACGUGCCAGAAACGCAGAGGGUGCAGUACCCACCGUCAUCAGCAGAGGGCGCAGUACCGACCGUCACCAGCAGAGGGCGCAUUACCCACCGUCACCAGCAGAGGGCGCAUUACCCACCGUCACCAGCAGAGGGCGCAGUACCCACCGUCACCAGCAGAGGGCGCAGUACCGACCGUCACCAGCAGAGGGCGCAGUACCCACCGUCACCAGCAGAGGGCGCAGUACCCACCGUCACCAGCAGAGGGCGCAUUACCCACCGUCACCAGCAGAGGGCGCAUUACCCACCGUCACCAGCAGAGGGCGCAUUACCCACCGUCACCAGCAGAGGGCGCAUUACCCACCGUCACCAGCAGAGGGCGCAUUACCCACCGUCACCAGCAGAGGGCGCAGUACCCACCGUCACCAGCAGAGGGCGCAGUACCCACCGUCACCAGCAGAGGGCGCAUUACCCACCGUCACCAGCAGAGGGCGCAGUACCCACCGUCACCAGCAGAGGGCGCAGUACCCACCGUCACCAGCAGAGGGCGCAGUACCCACCGUCACCAGCAGAGGGCGCAGUACCCACCGUCACCAGCAGAGGGCGCAGUACCCACCGUCACCAGCAGAGGGCGCAGUACCCACCGUCACCAGCAGAGGGCGCAGUACCCACCGUCACCAGCAGAGGGCGCAGUACCCACCGUCACCAGCAGAGGGCGCAGUACCCACAGAGAGAGGAGAGGAGCAAUUUCGGAUCUAUUUAA